GCCUAUAUUUAUGAGACUUGUCAUCUAUGUUUUUCACGGUAUUCUGAGCUUAGAAAAAAAGAAAGAAAGAAAGAAAGAAGAUGGAGAUUCCUGUGAUAGAUUUGAGCCAACUCGAGGGCGAGAACAGAAGCAAAACCAUGGCUCUUCUGCACCAAGCUUGUGAGAAAUGGGGCUUCUUUCAGGUUGAGAACCAUGGACUCGAGAAGAAGCUGAUGGACAAGGUAAAGCAAUUGGUGAAUGCACACUACGAGGAAAACUUGAAAGAAAGCUUUUACGAGUCGGAGAUAGCUAAAGGCUUGAUGAAUAAAUGUGAUGUAGACUGGGAAAGCAGUUUCUUUAUUUGGCAUCGCCCAACAUCCAACAUCAAUGAAAUCCACAACCUCUCGGAGAAUCUUCGCCAAAUAAUGGAUGAGUACAUCGCCCAACUGAUUCAGUUAGCAGAGAAGCUUUCUCAACUCAUGUCUGAGAAUCUUGGACUGGACAAGGAUUACAUAAAGGAAAAGUUUUCAGGAGCUAAAGGUCCUUCUGUGGGAACAAAGGUGGCAAAAUACCCUGAAUGUCCUCGGCCAGAGCUUGUGAGAGGACUUCGAGAGCACACCGAUGCCGGCGGAAUCAUACUCUUGCUCCAAGAUGAACAUGUCCCAGGUCUUGAAUUCUCAAACGAUGGAGGAUGGAUAAAGAUCCCCCCAUCCAAGAACAAUACUAUAUUUGUCAACACAGGUGAUCAAGUGGAAGUGUUGAGUAAUGGAAGGUACAAAAGUACUCUGCACCGUGUCAUGGCUGGCAAGGAGGGGAGCAGACUCUCCAUUGCCACAUUCUACAACCCAGCUGGUGAUGCCAUUAUCUCUCCAGCUCCCAAACUCUCGUACCCCCAUAAUUACACAUUUCAAGAUUACUUGAAGCUUUAUGCCACCACAAAGUUCUCAGAUAAGGGUCCCAGAUUUGAAGCCAUGAAGAAAAUAGCCAAUGGACAUGGCAGUAAUGGUGUCUGAAACUGCCUUGUGUAAUUCUCAGUACUGGUGUUUAUUUGUCAGUUUGAACCACUUGUUUUCUUGCAAGGAGUUGCUUGUUUAUCUUGUCUAGUUGGCCGGAGCACCAUUGGAUCCGGAAAAGUUAUCCACUUUACAAUUCAA